AUUUUUUAAAAUUAAAUUUCAGUUUUUCAUUGUUUCAACGUUCCAGGAUUUUUCGAAACCUUAGCUCAGAGAGAGAAGCAAUCGUGGUCUCUCUUCUAUGAGCUUUCACUUCGAUUCCCGCCACUUCUCUGCAACUAUAAGGAUUUUGGGUUGUUGAAGGAUAUGGCUGAGGUGAAAUCAGAGGAGUGUUGUCAAGAGAAUAAGCAAUCUACCGCUGCUUCUUGCUCCUCUGUAUCUGAAGGCAGUGGCAGUGCAAUUCACAAGUCUCCAGGGAUAUGUAGCCCUGCAUCCACCUCGCCCUCCCAUCGGAGGACCACUGGCCCUAUAAGGCGCGCGAAGGGUGGUUGGACAGCACAGGAGCUGAGUUUUUUCCUGAUAGAUCAGAAGUUCAGUGUCUGCACAGAUGGCAGAAAGUUCUUAAUCCAGAACUUGUUAAAGGACCUUGGACACAAGAGGAGGAUGAUAAAAUUGUUGAACUAGUGUCAAAAUAUGGGCCUACAAAAUGGUCUUUGAUAGCCAAGUCUUUACCUGGUCGAAUAGGCAAACAAUGUCGAGAGCGGUGGCACAAUCAUCUUAACCCUGACAUAAAGAAGGAUGCCUGGACUUUGGAGGAGGAAUUAGCCCUGAUGAAUGCUCAUCGUAUACAUGGGAACAAAUGGGCUGAAAUAGCCAAGGUCCUUCAUGGAAGGACAGACAAUGCAAUAAAGAAUCACUGGAAUAGUUCUUUGAAGAAAAAGUUAGAAUUUUAUUUAGCUACAGGAAGACUUCCUCCAAUUCCCAAGAAUAGUCCACAAGUUGCUGUCAAAGAUACAAUUAGACGUUCUGCUAGCAAAACACUACUUGUUUGUUCAAAUAAAGAAUUAAAUGCAGUUGUUGAAACAUCAUCUGAAACUACAGCCAUUAGUAAGCUAGAUGACAGUGGCAGGAAUCAGUUUGAGUCCUCAGGAACAGUUAGAGAAGUUGGUGACUGUUCAAGUGUUCCAGCAAAUGAAUCUGCCGAUUCUGACUGUGUAGAAUGCAAGCCUGGACCAUCCAACAUCGAUCUUGGCUGUAGCAACUCAGAACAAGUGUCAAGAGCUAAUUUUGGAAUAACUUACGGUCCAAGAUCUGAGAAUUCUGGACUCGUUGGAAACUCAACCUUUGACCAUUGUACAAACAAUGGUGACAUGAGAAUUACCAGGUUAAUUGGAACAUCUUCGCAAGAAAGUCCAACCUGUGGUUCUUUGUGUUAUGAGCCACCACAAUUAGAUGGUUCAGUUCCCAUAGAUUCUCUUUAUUUAAAUUAUAUUUGCCAGCAGAAUGAAUACCGUAUGAGUCCAACGUUGUCACCUAUUGGUUUCUUCACUCCACCUCGUGUGAAGGGUAGUGAAUUAUGCACCGAGACACCUGAAUCAAUAUUGAAAAAGGCUGCUAAUACUUUUCCAAAUACUCCUUCCAUAUUGAGGAGGAGAAGAACUGGAGUCCAAACACUCACCAGUCCUAGUAAAGUUUUGAAGGUAGAUAAUGAUCCACAUACUUCUAAUGAAAUAGAGAGAACCAAAUAUGAUUCUGGUUCUCGGCAUUUGUCUGGGAGUCCAGCAAGCCAUCACAAUGGGAUUGUCAAUGCAUCUCCCCCGUACAGGUUAAGAUCCAAGAGAACAGCAAUUGUCAAGUCAGUGGAGAAACAACUGGAGUUUGCCUUUGACAAAGACAAGAAUAAUGACAAGAGGAGCAACGUGAUAACUGAAGAUUGUCUACAUGAAACAAAACUGGUUGUGACAUAGUGCAUAAAUGGGAUUUGGGUUGGACUUACUCUUGAAGCUGGCUGAUUGUUUCUCUAUAUUGUUUGACAACUUUUACGAUUUAUAUGAAGAAAAUUCAGUGCAAGGGUCGCAAUGACUUGGCACUUGUCCACACUUGAUAGUUGGCUGUCAUUUCCAUCACACAUCAACAGAAUUCAGCAACAGGUAGGGGUCUGGUAUGUGUAGAAUAAGAAUUGAUAAAUUCCAUUUACUUGUGGAUACAUAUAGUUGUAUUUAUCAGAUUUGUACAGUUAUGCCUUAGGAAAAAUAAAUUUUCUGAAGUUCCAUCAAUGUUUUAAGAUUCUUUCAAUCCU